UCCGGGGGACCGCCCGCGGCGGCCGGUGCCCAACGAACCCCGUGAGGGAGGGACCGCAGGGCCGCAGCCGGCGGGGGCACAGCGGCGGGCGGGGGGGAGAAGCCCCCGGGGGACAAGGACAGCAGUCCGUAUUUCUCCUCUGGUCCGUCGCGGGCGCCGGUGGGGAGAUGGUAGUGGACAAGGCGGGCUCGGGCCCCUCGAAGCCCGCAGAUGACAGGUGCCCCCGGCAGCGGGAGAAGAAGAACAAGCAGCAGGCCUGCGACGGAUUCACUAUUAGAGCCAUGAUGAAAAACAGCGUGGUAAGAGGACCCCCACUUGCAGGAUCACAAAAAGAAAGACCAGCAAAGCCCACGGCAUUUCGCAAGUUUUAUGACAGAGGAGACUUUCCAAUAGCCGUUGAGCAUGAUACGAUAGCAAACAAAAUCGCCUGGAAGGUAGAGAUUGAAAAUCUGGACUAUCAUUACUUUCUGCCUUUGUUCUUUGAUGGGCUUUGUGAAACGAAAUUUCCAUAUGAGUUUUUUGCUCGUCAAGGAAUCCAUGACAUGCUGGAACAUGGUGGAAACAAGAUUCUUCCUGUCGUUCCUCAGCUCAUUAUCCCAAUAAAAAAUGCACUGAACCUUCGUAACCGCCGCGUCCUCAUCAGCACACUGAAAAUCCUCCAGCACCUGGUGGCAUCAGCUGACAUGGUGGGGGAGGCCUUGGUGCCUUAUUACCGGCAAAUUCUCCCAGUCCUAAACAUCUUUAAGCAUUUGAAUGUUAAUUUAGGUGAUGGAAUAGAAUACAGCCAGCAGAAGCGUGAAAAUAUUGGAGUUCUCAUUCAAGAGACACUGGAAGCCUUUGAACGCUACGGUGGAGAAAAUGCUUAUAUAAACAUUAAAUACAUGGUUCCCACUUAUUGGUCGUGCCUUUAAACUGAAUUAUAUUAAACGGGAUGAUUCCAUCUGUGUACUAAAAAAACUGUAUCUGACUCUGUAUGGCAUCUUGUUAGUCAUGCUUUAUUUUAUCUACAGCUGCUAAAAUAGUGGCUUCUGGGGCAUUAGAGUGUUAGCACUAUUGUGAACAAGGCUUUCCAAUACAUAAAUAGUGUCUGUUCCUUUGAUUACAAUGGUGUACUGUGCUUGUUUGUUCCCUGAAAGAAUCACUCCUUUAUAACAGAGCUGACUCGAGCAGGAAUCUGAGUUAAACCUUCACUUGUAUAGACAAUAAAACUAUAAUUUUCA